AUGAAACAAUCCCUGUAUACUCGAGCGAUUCGGCAGUUUUUAAAAACCACUACUUUACAUGGGUUUAAAUAUUUAGACUCCAAAUAUUACUACGAUCGUGUUGGUUGGCUAAUAUGUUGCUGCGCCAGCGCGUGCUGCGCGGGCGUCCUUUGCGCGGUGCUGUGGGCGCGCUUCUUAGAAGUGCCUGCAUUACUGACUCUAAACGACCUUCGUAAUCAGUACGAGUCAGUCCAAAUGCCUCUCGUUGCAGUGUGUCCUCCGGCGGAAACCAUUGCUGUUUAUUUCGAAUCAAAUUUGAUAAUUAACUCCAGUACAACCAAUCGUCUGCAAAUAAUUUUGAGCCACGUAUUACGAAGAAAAGUGGCUCCGAAGGACCAUCUCUUUAUUCUUGAAGAUAUCUUAAUUAAAAACAAUUUAUCUUUGCCAGAAGCAUUAAUGACAGUAAUGCCUCCUUGUCAUAGUAUCGUUCUUAGUUGUCGGUGGCAGUCUAGCAUGGUGCCCUGCGGGGAAUUGUUUAGUAAAGAACUUACUGAAUGGGGGCCAUGUUGUAUAUCACGACCAAAAAAAUUACUAAAAGGUAAAGAUAUAGUUUCUCAAUUAGAAGUGAAACGAAAGCUUAGUAUAGCAGUUCAAUGUUCUAAUCAAUCUACUCUUAAUGGAUGCGAGUUUUUUACUAAAUAUAACCACGAAGAAUGGAUAGAGCCGAUGACUUUAACCGCCGGAUAUAACUAUCUUGCUCAAUUGACUUUUACAUCUGUAGUGGAUAGCGAUCCGGAGAAACUUGUGGAUGGAACUUGUAUUACAACCGAUGGAUACUCUAGGAAUUUAUGUAUGUUAAAAUGUAAAGAGAGAUUUUGUGGCUGCUCAGAUCCUUUAAAAUCUAGAAACAUAAAUGAAAGGAAUGCUCUACCACCAUGCAUUGUAACGCAAUUGAAUUGUUUGAGAAGCUUUAAUUUUGACAAUAGUUCCUGUAAGUGUUUACCAUCUUGUAAAAAAGUUUCGACAUAUUUGGCCUUAGAAUCAAGUCGCAUGAACGCCUUCAACGAAGUUACUGAUAAAAUAUAUGAUGGAUUAGACGUAGCAACCAGUUCCGUUUUGUUUAUAGCUGUUAGAAUUAGUGGUUCCAGAAUAUUUGUAGUAAAUCCAACGGAGACUUGGAUCACUUUACUAUCAUCAUUAGGUGGCGUCUUCAACAUGUUCCUUGGGGUUGGACUGUUUAGUGCAUUAGAGAUAUUAUUUCUUGUAUUUCUGAGGCUCCCUAUUGCUAUACACAAAUCUACUGAGAUGGAAAAUCCGUCUGUAGUAAUGCAU